AUGGAUCAGUUGGCAGAUGAGCUUCUAGAAGAGUUAUCAACAGAGGAUCCACUACAAGUUGCUUUGACCAAGGAUUCUUCAGAGGGAUAUGUGAGCUCAGAAACUGAUGAGUACAAGAAGCUCCUUGACACCUUCAGACCAGUUCCAAACAUUCUGAGCAUUGAGGGAGUUGGACAGGCCAGUUUGCGAAGUCAUGGCAGUGAGCUCGAUCAAGAACUCGAUCGAGUCGGUUUCGAACAAACUCGAUCGAGCUCGACUCAAGCAACUAAAGUCGACCUCAAACCUUUGCCUGAGGGCCUCAGGUAUGCAUUUCUGGGUGAAAACUCAACUUACCCUGUCAUUGUGAACUCUGAUUUGGAACCUGAACAGUUGAGUGCUUUGCUUGUUGAAUUGAGAAAGUACAGAAAGGCAAUAGGUUACACUCUAGAUGAUAUCAAGGGGAUCUCCCCUGACCUAUGCAUCCAUAGGAUUCAUCUAGAGGAUGAAAGUAAGUCAAGCAUUGAACCUCAGAGAAGAUUGAACCCCAAUCUAAAGGAAGUAGUGAAGAAAGAGAUACUCAAGUUGCUUGAUGCUGGGAUAAUCUAUCCCAUCAGUGAUAGCACUUGGAUAUCUCCAGUUCAUUGCGUCCCAAAGAAAGGGGGGAUCACUGUCAUUAAAAACGACAAAGAGGAGCUGAUUCCCACUAGAACAAUAGUGGGGCAUCGCAUGUGUAUUGACUAUAGGAAGCUAAAUUCAGCAUCUAGAAAGGAUCAUUUCCCUCUCCCUUUCAUUGAUCAGAUGUUAGAAAGAUUGGCAAACCACCCUUUUAUUGUUUUCUUGAUGGCUACAGUGGUUUCUUCCAAAUCCCGAUCCACCCUAAUGAUCAGGAGAAGACCACUUUCACAUGCCCUUAUGGCACCUUUGCUUAUCGAAGGAUGCCAUUUGGGCUGUGCAAUGCCCAGCUACUUUCCAGAGUGCAUGACCUCCAUUUUUUCAGAUCUGAUAGAGGAGAUGGUAGAAGUCUUCAUGGACGAUUUCUCAGUCUAUGGAGCAUCCUUCUCCUCAUGUUUGUCUAACUUGUGCAGGGUGUUGCAGAGGUGUGAGGAGACCAAUCUAGUACUCAACUGGGAGAAGUGCCACUUCAUGGUUCGAGAAGGGAUUGUGCUUGGACACAAGAUUUCCGAGAAAGGGAUCGAGCUCGAUCGAGCUAAGGUGGAUGUCAUGUUGCAGCUCCCUGUUCCCAAGACUGUGAAGGACAUAAGGAGUUUUCUGGGUCACGCAGGGUUCUACAGAAGAUUCAUCAAGGAUUUCUCAAAGAUAGCAAGACCCUUGACAAGGCUUCUGUGCAAGGAGACAGAUUUUGAGUUUGAUGAAGAAUGCCACAAGUCUUGGACCUUGCUGAAGGAUGCUCUGGUAUCUGCGCCAAUAGUACAAGCUCCAAACUGGGAUCACCCAUUUGAGAUUAUGUGUGAUGCAUCUGACUAUGCAGUAGGAGCAGUGCUUGGCCAAAAGAUAGACAAGAAACUCAAUGUCAUCUACUAUGCAAGCAAGACUAUGGAUGAUGCUCAGUGCAAGUAUGCAACCACAGAGAAGGAGCUCCUUGCCAUAGUCUUUGCCUUUGAGAAUUUCGAAGCUAUAUAG